AUGAAGAAGAGACUCGGGUAUAAGGGCAGAAGAAUGCACAGCACAGCAGCCUCUGCCCCAGUCGACACCAUGGGUCUCAAGUUGAGAAUAGAAAAUAUCAAGAAGUUGAAGACAUACAAGAGAAGAGACAUCUUAAACUUUGAUGAGACUGAUCUCUUCUACAAGCAACCCCCCACCACCACCAUCUCAAAGGCUGCGGUUUCUGGCCAAAAAUUCAACAAGACUUGGCUCACUGUGGCCCUCAUUGCUAACUCUGAUGACUCCUUAAAAUUGGAGCUAUUUAUCAUUGGCAAGCAUGCCAAACCUCGUUGCUUUAGCAAGAAGACUAGUAAUUUACUACAAAUCUUAUAUAAGCUGCGAUUAAUAAGUUUCACUGGAAAAAUGACCCUGAAUACCUAUGUGUGGGGGUACCUGAACACCAUAGUAAAUUUAGGGUGA